AAGAGAUUUAAGCUUGUAUUGUUUUAUAAAAUCAAUUCUAGCAGUUUUUCGUAUUAUUACAGUAUUUUUUCAAAAAGGAUGUAAGAGAUCGCAUUUAAAAGGAUCAAACUUUCAGGGUAUUUUUGCUGACGUAAGUUAUGAGAACUCCAAGAUGCAAUUCGCAGUCUGGUUUAACUAAAGGAUCAUGGAGUUCAGAAGAAGAUCAGAAGUUGGUGACGUAUAUUAGUAGAUACGGUAUAUGGAACUGGAGUAAAAUGCCUGUGUAUGCUGGUCUUUCAAGAUCCGGCAAAAGUUGCAGGUUAAGAUGGAUGAAUUAUUUGAAUCCAAAAGUAAAACGAGGGAACUUCACCAACGAAGAGGAGAAAACAAUACUUCAUUACCACUCAAUUCUUGGAAACAAGUGGUCUGCCAUAGCAAAAAAGGUACCUGGAAGAUCAGAUAACGAAGUCAAAAACCAUUGGCACGCCCAUCUCAAGAAACGAAUUACUCAAGAUCCAGUGCCAGUAACAAAACCUAACAAAAUAACAAGUCAAGAUACUGAAAGUCCAACAGAGCUUGUUGAUCACUUCUUCUCGAGUUUCUCAACUGGCCAUACCACUUCAUCAUGCACGCUAGAAACAGGUUCUGUAUUUGAACCAGUAAUCGAGUUUGAAACCAGUUAUAAUAUAACUUCACCUGGAACGGUUGAAGAAGUUGAAAGCUUUUGGCAACAACUUUACUCCAAUAACGAGGACUUUGAACUCCAAGAUCUUCUUUAAUAACGAUGCAAGUUCAUUAGUUCAUAUGGCUUGCACAUUAUAUGAGUUGUAAAAUG